UCCGCUAUCGCUCGUCUUUUGCUUUUGAUGAAAUCAGUCAAAUCACAAGCACUUGAGAUUUGAGGAAGUCAGUACUAAACCCUAACGAUUUCCCUUCUCAUAUUUAAUCAACAACGUUUGAUCGAUCCUCUUUUUUGUGAUCGCAAGUAGUUCCUAUACCUCCAUACGUCUCUUUGCCAGCGCUUUCUUGUUCGAUUCUUCUAUAGAAUAGAUUGAGUGAGACUGCUUUUGAAUUUGGGUUUGUGUUGGAUUUUGAGAAUCAUGCUCCUAAUCCUGGAGAUUCAAAAUUGGGAAGAAACUCUAUCAAUUCCCCGACUUUAGUUCUCGUUCCUUCCGGCGCAACUUCAAGUGGCCGGCCUAAUAUUGUUGUUUCUUAAGCUGCGAUCCUGCCUUCUCCUAUCUCUGCCGCGGGGCUCUGAAUCACACCCGAAGAGAUAGGAUAACAGAUGGAGUUUUGCCCCACCUGUGGGAUGAUGUUACAAUUUCAGUUGCCAAACAUGGGUCGCCCUUCUAGGUUCGCCUGCCCAGCAUGCCCCUAUGUUUGUCAUAUUGAUAACAAGGUCAAGAUUAAGAGAAGGCAAGCACUAGUUAAGAAAGAGAUAGAGCCUGUUUUCUCCAAAGAUGACAUGCUAAAGGGAUCUGAAACGGAAGCUACAUGCCCGGCCUGCAACCAUGGAAGGGCCCUUUACCAUCAAAUGCAGGUCCGAUCAGCCGAUGAACCAAUGACAACAUUUUAUUAUUGCUUGAAUGAGAGAUGUAAACACCAGUGGCGUGAAGACUGAAUCUUGUAUUCGCAAUCCUUGCUUCAAUUUUGAUGAUUUUGGGACACCGCUUUUGACACUCGAUCAAUAAGAAUCAUAAUAUGUUUUGUUGUUCUUUUUUCAUCAUAAAUAUCAUAUGCAGUUGCUUAA